AUGUUUUGCUCCCCAGAGACCAUACGCUCCUCCAAAAGGGCCAAAACCAUUGCAUCAGUAGCCACCUCACUCACUGCCUCAGCCCUUCUAUUCCGAACCAUCGCCAACAAUGUCAUCCCCACCGCUGUCCACGACUACUUCUCUUCAAACCUACAGAAACUCUCCACUUGUUUCUCGUCCCAACUCACCCUUGUCAUCCAAGAGUUUGAUGGCCUAAUCGCAGACCAAAUGUUUGAGGCUGCCAAUGUUUACUUGGGCGAAAAGUUAUCGCCUUUAACAUCAAGAAUUAAGGUUAAUAAGUUAGAGAAAGAGAAAGAACUAGAAUUGACAGUUGACAAGGACGAAGAAUUGGUGGAUUUAUACAACGGUGUGAAACUCAACUGGGUUUUGGUAUCUUCGCCCAUUGAGAGGUCGAUUUCAAAUACAAGGAGCAAUGAAGAAGAAGAGUUUGCAUCAUCCGAGAUAAGACACUUUGAGCUAAGUUUUCACAAGAAGCAUAGGGACAUGGUGCUGAGAUCUUACUUACCCUACAUUCUACAGAAAGCAAAAGCUGUAGGAGAAGAAAAGAAGAUAGUGAAGCUUCAUACCAUUGACUAUAAUAGUACUGACUAUUGGAGCUCGAUCAACCUUGACCAUCCUGCAACUUUUGAUACAAUGGCUAUGGACCCGGAUUUGAAGAAGUUUUUGGUUGAGGAUCUCAACAGGUUUAUAGGGAGAAAGCAGUAUUAUAAAAGAGUAGGUAAGGCUUGGAAAAGAGGGUAUUUGUUGUAUGGACCACCUGGUACAGGAAAGUCAAGCCUAGUUGCAGCCAUGGCUAAUUUUCUCAAAUUUGAUAUCUAUGAUUUGGAUUUAAGGGAGGUUGAGUGCAAUUCAGAUCUAAGGCAGUUGUUGAUUGGAACAGCUAGUCGAUCGAUAUUGGUAAUAGAGGACAUUGAUUGUUUGAUCGAGUUGGAUAACAAAGCCAUAUCUGUAGAGGGUGAUGAUGCGGUUACACUCUCGGGUCUGUUAAACUUUAUCGAUGGAUUAUGGUCAAGCUGUGGAGAGGAGCGAAUCAUUGUAUUCACAACAAAUCACGAAGACCGUCUUGAUCCGGCAUUGUUGAGGCCUUGUCGUAUGGAUGUGCACCUUCAUAUGUCUUAUUGCUCGUUUAGUGGAUUCAAGACAUUAGCUUCUAAUUACUUGCAAAUUCAGGAGCACACACUGUUUAUAGACAUCAAAGACUUGUUAGAGAAGGUUGAGACAACGCCUGCAGAAGUUGCAGAAGAGUUGAUGAAAAGUGACAAAGUAGAAGUAGCCCUACAGGGGCUUAUCAAGUUCCUCCAAAGCAAAAAAGAUGGAAAUUAACGGGGCAUCUAGUAGCCUGGUGGACAAACAAUUCAAGUUGAGGGAAUUAGUUUGUGGUAGUACACUAGUACUAGCAAAUUGCAAGGCCAUGCCUUUUUUUUUCCCCC